UCAUUUGGUUUAAAAUCAAAAUCAAGGAACAAUACAAAAACAAUUUACUUAUAAAAAUGUCUAUAAAAUCAAAUAUUACCCUGAUUGACUUAUCAAAACAAUUACCUUUUGAAAUUGAUAAUGAACUACGGGAAAAGUUAUGUUUUGCUGAGACUCUCGUAAUUUCUUGCUGUCACGAUGAUCGUUUCGAACACGACGACACAUCCGAGGAUGUGUGUACGGAACCGGAAGCAGAACCCGAAGGAUCCGAGGAGAUAGUCGAGUUCCAGGAAGCCAAAGAGGUAAAGAGUUAUGUGGAGGAUGAGGAAGAGUUAGCUGAAGAAGAGAAAGAAGACGAUGAUUAUCAUUUCUUCUUCUUCCCGGACUGCGCGAAACCAGCACCUAAAGACAGCCAAGCAACUAUAAUAAUGCAAAAUGGGAUGCCCGUCAUAAACAAAUUUAAAAAACCCUCUGUAAAAUGCACUUGCCCCUUAGAUGAAGACGGCCAAUGUAAGUGCUUCCUCAAAUACCCUUGCAAAUGUGGUGCUAAAACAGCUGCUGAAUGUGUAUGUGACCAAGCUGAUAUAGAAAAAAUAUGUAUCUGUCGUCCUCAUAAACCCAAUUUAAGUUGUAAAUGCCACAAAGCUAAAAUAUGUACUUGUACUGGCGUAGUGGAACCAUCUUGCCAUUGUAAAAAGGUAAAAAAGGUUUGCGUUUGUGAUCCUACCACGUAUCCCUACCCUGUAUGUCCAUGCAAGCCUUGUAAAUGUGACCACGAAAGACCAAUAUCACCGAUGUGUGUCUGCAAGCCAUGUGUAUGCGAUGAUACACGGUCCCCGGCACCUGUUUGCAUUUGUAAACCCUGCAUUUGUGAGGGUGAGGAAGAUCCUCAACCAGUCUGUCAUUGCGGUGACUCUGAAUCCGCUGCAACAGUUCACACGAAGACAUGGACGUAUGAAAUGAAUGAAGAGGCGUCAGAAGAAGAAAACUUUCCAGAAAUUGUGGAACAAAAAGCAUCAUCCAUAAAAUGUGAUUGCCAGAAACCAGACAAGUGUCAGUGUAUGGCGAAAGGAAACAAGGACCCUUGCACAUGCCCCGACCAACGUUGCAUCUGUGGGUACCUGAACACUUGUCUUUGUGGACCACCGAAAUUAGAGCACCAGCGAAUGGGUGGAUCUGGAGAAGGAUCACGUGAAUCGGAAAACGAGUCUGUAUGCAGUUGUGGUCUCCCACCUGUUUGUAAAUGUAAAGGGACUACUGAUAAUUGCAAGUGUUUUGAUAAGGAACCAGAAUGCACAUGUGGAAACCCUGAAGACUGUCAAUGCUUUCGAACGUGUGAAUGUGAUGACCCUUGUGAUUGCGACAAAUACGCAGAGAAAGAAUGUCAGCAAUGUGCUUGCUUGGACCCAAUGAAACCUGGAGAUCUCGUAUGCACUUGUCCUCAAAAGAAACCAACUAAUCAAUUGGUAAGGGUUAAAACAAAAGAUGGAUAUCGAUGGUGUCACCGAGUAGAUCCGAAACAUACGUUCUUUGACUACGGAUAUGAUAGGUUUGAUCUUAUUAACAAAAAAAGCGAGACGAGUGAGAAGCUCAAGAUUUUGGGGCUCUAUGACAAAAAGGAUCCUACUGGUGAUGGAGCUGGUGAAACAAAUGACGUGAACGUACCUGUAUACAAGAAAGAGGUUAAAAAGCCUAGUAUGGAUUGCUGCAGCACUGUUGGAGGAAUGACGAUAAGUGUACAACACUUGGGUGAAGACAAAGACAAAUUCCUUGUGGAAGUGGUUUCCAACAUGUCCAAGGAAGGAGCGAAGACGGGCUCUAAGCUGAUCAGUAUCGUCGAUAGCAACCUCCACACGAUGGAAGAAAGCCGGACUGAAAAUAUAACAAAAAAGGAGAAAAUAAGAGAAAUGCGCAACUACAUGAGCAUUUGCGAGACUGGCUACUACAACAAAGUGACGAGUGUGUGCGGAGAAAAGACCCACAUAAAGAGGCUGAACCACUCCUUUGAAACUGCACACAAUUUCCUUCUAGAAGGUGCGAAUAUGGUACUGAUGAGGUACUUCGCCCUCAUCAGACACAAGGGUGUUGUGCAGACUGAUACAGUUUUGAUCGCCGGAGAAAUAUGCGAAAGCGUUUAUAAUUGUCUGGGCGUAAGCCAGGCGGUGGUGAACGGACACCCAAUGUUUGUAGUGAAGGUGGAACGUCACAUCAUCACACCGACUGGUGCAGUGCAUCAGACCCUGACUGUCCUUACUUUGAGAGGUUACACGAUAAGUCAGGAAUGGUCGGACACAUCGUACGUCAUCCAUAUAAACCCUCUGCUGAGGGUGGACCCUGUGAAGGAUGAGAUCGAGCAGCACGCCCCGCUGAGGGAGACGUGGCGACAGGAUAUGCAGCUGUUCUCCGAUUAUUUGGAUAUGAAGAGCGCAAGAACGUCGGAAGGCGCGCGCUACAUUGCGGAAAACGGUGCGCUAACAGGAGUCAUACGAGAAUACCUGCAGUCACUGCUGAUGCUGAAGCCAGCCCAGGCGCUCCACUUCACCCAGCACUACUUCAGUACCAUGCUGGACUCCAUCGACGUGCCACACGACGAGUUCUUUGACCCCUGCUCGAGGAGGGUCAGGUAUUACUUCUUUGAAGAUUAAAGAGUUAUUUUGGAUGAUGGUUUUUUUGGAAUGAUGUUUCGGAUUUGUUUAUUGGCUUUAAAAAAUAUGGUGGGAUGUAAAAUUUUCUUGUGUUAAGUUUACAUGCAUUUGGAUAAUAAAUUGAUUUAUAAUUGA